AUGGAAGGACCAUUGUUUACGUCAGAUCUUCAAGAUAAAAAUGAAUACAAGGUUUUAGAGGGCCAUUCAGAUUUCAUUAAUGGUGUGGUGUUUGACCCCAAAGAAGGCCAAGGAAUUGCAAGUGUCAGUGAUGAUCAUACCUGCAGGAUUUGGAACUUGGACGGAGUACAGACAUCUCAUUUUGCUCUUAAUUCCCCUGGAAUGAGUGUGUGCUGGCAUCCUGAGGAAUCUUUUGAGCUGAUGGUUGCAGAGAAGAAUGGAACAAUCCGAUUUUAUGAUCUUAUGUCCCAACAGGCUAUUUUAUCUCUUGAAUCAGAACAGAUACCAUUAAUGUCAGCACACUGGUGUUUAAAAAACACCUUCAAAGUUGGAGCUGUUGCAGGGAAUGAUUGGCUAAUUUGGGAUAUUACUCGAUCCAGUUACCCUCAAGUGAAGAGACCUGUCCAUAUGGAUCGAGCCUGCAUAUUUAGGUGGUCCACAAUUAAUGAAAAUUUGUUUGCAACCACUGGUUAUCCUGGCAAAAUGGCAAGCCAGUUUCAAAUUCAUCAUUUAGGACAUCCUCAGCCCAUCCUCCUUGGUUCAGUAGUCGUUGGAUCUGGCCUUUCCUGGCAUAGAACUCUCCCACUAUGUGUAGUUGGAGGCAACCACAGGCUGUUGUUUUGGGUAACUGAAAUGUGAAAUAAAUUUCUGUCUAGCUUGGA